AAUGGGGCCAACCAGGUUUGGGCCAGCAGCGCUACAGCUGGACAAGUGUGGCUUUUCAAACAGUAUUUAUGAGGAAGAGCAAGUUCCCCAGCACUCACUGAGCUCGUCCAGCCAGUAUUGCUUUUCUCGCUCGUUCCACACUCAAAGCGUCAACCUAUGCAGCGUGUCCAAAGCCACGGUGCCCAUCAUCACUGCGGAUGGGUUUGAUCUGGCCUCUGUUGUCUACUCAACUCAGAGAGCCAUAAUGUAUCAGUGUGUCAGUGAAGUACAAAGCGACUGCGCUCAUUCAGCUGACCUUUCCCAAGCAGCCAGCGCUUCCUCUUCAUUAGCAUCCCUCACACCUCCCUUCUCCUCUAACUCCUGCUGUAUCGGACCAGAACUGUCAGGCUCUCAAUCGAUCUCAUGUUCUACUGCGAUCCAAGACAUUCUGGACGAUGCACCACAACAGGAAGCGUGCCCGUUUCCCAAGAACCUGAAGCAAGAACCUGGAGGAACGUCUGAAGCUUGCAGUUUACGCUGUGAGAACAAGGAUGUGCUUUUUCAUCUCUUGUAUGGACAGAGCUAUCUCUGCACCAGCCCGAACACAGCCAAUGAGCUAAAAGCCCACGAAAGUCCAGCGGCACCGUCUGAAGACCUUCACGCCAAGCUCCACUGCCAGGCGGAUCUGGGUCGGGUACCCGGAGAGAAGGAGGCGAAUUCCUUCUUGGGGAACGAACAGCCGUGCCAGUGGAUGGACUGCAGAGCGUCGUACGAGCAGAAGGAGGAGCUGGUGAGACACAUCGAGAAGGUUCAUGUCGACCAGCGGAAAGGAGAAGAUUUCACCUGUUUCUGGGCCGGCUGUGUUCGCCGCUGCAAGCCUUUCAACGCCCGCUACAAACUGCUCAUCCACAUGAGGGUCCACUCCGGAGAGAAGCCCAACAGGUGCAUGUUCGAAGGCUGCAGUAAGGCUUUCUCUCGGCUGGAGAACCUGAAGAUCCACCUGCGGAGCCACACGGGCGAGAAGCCGUACGUGUGUCAGUAUCGCGGCUGCCUGAAAGCCUUCAGUAACUCCAGCGACCGCGCGAAACACCAGAGGACCCACCUGGACACGAAGCCAUAUGCCUGUCAGCUCCCGGGCUGCACCAAACGCUACACGGACCCCAGCUCCCUACGCAAGCAUGUGAAGGGCCACUCCACCAAAACCCGACAUUCACAGGACCAGCAGCAGCUUUGUUUGGAGGCAGAGUCGGAAGGCAUGGAGGAUCGACUGACCACUGGCGCUGUCCAUUCACUACAUGCAUCUGGUCAGAUGGAGCCCUGUUCUCUCUAUGAGCUUCAGCAAAGCAGCUUGACUGCAGUGUUGUCGGAGAACAGGACGGUGUGCAGCAGAAGUCCAGCAGUGUCCGGCAGCACAGCGCUGCUCCAGACAUCCAGGAACAGCAGCACGGAGCUCAGCUUCCCCCAAAACCUGCCGGACCCUCUACAUAACAACAAAAUCGCUCAGAACAGACUGACCUGUCCACUCUUGUAUGGAAGCAGUUCGACCAGCCGUCCAGAAGAUCAGCAACCAGCCAAAGAAACGUCCUUCAGCAGCUCAGCUCAGAAACCGGACCUGCUUCACCACGAGCACCCUGUACUCCAGCACUCUUUCCACAGCUUUCCUGCACCUCCAGAGCAGAGUUACGCUGAGAGAGGAGAAGAUCUGCACAGCUGUGAGCUGAACGGAUACACCUUCAUCCCCAACUUCACUCCAGCUGCAGACUUCAGUUCGAGUCCUGACCCUCAGACAGUCAGUGGGCACCUCUCCAGCUGUCCUGAUGAAGGCCUCCUGCUGCAGAUGGGUGUAUAUGACCGCUGUGUGGGUCAGAUCUGCUCUCUGUACGCUGAGACGUGAUGCCAGCCUUGAGCCCUGUUGUCAUGGUGGACAUACAACAACCAGCUAGAGGUCAACAUCUUCAGAACCAUUUCUGGACUUUUGGAUUUUCAUUCAUAUUUAAUUUCAUGGAAGUUCAUUCUGGACGAAAGUCACAGCUGCAGAGAUUAUGUAGCAAUAUUAAAGACCACAGCGGUCACUGCAGCUCUUCAGCUGCGGACAGUGUUUACAGUAAAAGGGCUACGUGCUUUCACUGCGUUCUGUUAUAUGAUAAGAGCUCUACUGGAUCAGACGGCUCUCCUUCUUUAAAUAAAACCCCUUCAAAAAGGAGAAGCCAGUUUUCAGUCCUAGUCUCGCUGAUAAAGCCAUUAUGUGUACAAUGUCACCAUCUAGUGGUCAGUUUGAGCACUACAGACAUCUGUGUUUUAUAAAUAAAAUACCUUUUUAUAUUUUACAU